AUGGAGUCAAUACCUGCGGGAAGAGACUCCAGCUCCUCGCCCUCAUCCAAACAGGAGCUGUCCUACCCUAGCUCCAACCACCUCAAGCCCAACCAGGUCAGCGAGACGGUGCUGUACGGAAUACCCAUCGUGUCGCUGGUGAUCGACGGCCAGGAGAGACUGUGUCUGGCGCAGAUCUCCAACACGCUGUUGAAAAACUACAGCUACAACGAGAUCCACAACCGCCGCGUGGCCCUGGGCAUCACCUGCGUGCAGUGCACCCCGGUCCAGCUGGAGAUCCUGCGGCGCGCUGGGGCCAUGCCCAUCUCCUCCCGGCGCUGCGGGAUGAUCACCAAGCGCGAGGCCGAGAGACUCUGCAAGUCCUUUUUAGGGGCUCACUCGCCCCCCAAACUACCCGAGAAUUUUGCGUUCGACGUGUCCCACGAGUGCGCGUGGGGCAGCCGGGGAAGCUUCAUCCCGGCGAGGUACAACAGCUCCAGAGCCAAGUGCAUCAAGUGUUCGUAUUGCAAUAUGUAUUUCUCCCCAAACAAAUUCAUUUUCCAUUCGCACCGCACGCCCGAGUCAAAGUACACGCAACCCGACGCGGCCAACUUCAACUCCUGGAGGCGACACCUCAAAUUAACCGACAAGAAUUCCGCAGACGAGGUUGCCCAUGCGUGGGAAGACGUUAAGGCCAUGUUUAACGGGGGCAGCCGCAAAAGAACCCUGCCCAUGUCUGGCCCAGAACCCGGUUCGUCGCUAAAAUCCCACGGACCGCGUCUUUCUUCGAGCUCACCCGAGAUCCCUCCAAAGAUCCUGCGCUCCGAUGACCCCCGGGGCGGCAUGAACAUUACCACCGCGCGCAGCUACCCCGUGAUCCCGGUGCCCAGUAAGGGCUUCGGGAUGCUUCAGAAGAUCCCGCCACCCAUCUUCCCACACCCGUAUGGAUUCCCAGCCUUCGGCCUGUGUCAAAAGAAAGAGGACAGCCUACUGGGAGAGCAGGCCAAGCACAACCUAUCAGGCGUCCUUUGGCCCGGCACCAAGGAGAGCGCCUACCAUCCCUUCCCCAUGUUCUGGCCCACCGCGGGGAGCCUCCCCUUGCCGCCUUACCACCAGUCACCACACAAACCGCCCUCAGAACUUGUGUGCCCCCCUAGACCCAGUGACAUGGACUUAUCCGAGCACAGUGACCGAAGCACCAACACGUCGAAGGACAGCCUGAUCGACAGCGAGCGGUGCUCCAGCACGCAGUCCGCGCGUAACGACGAGGACAAGUCCGGAGACGAGGCGCGCACCAUGGACGGGAUGACCCUGGUGCCGAGGAAGAUCAACUACGUCUCUGCGUUCAGACCCGUCAUCAAAGACCCUGAAAGCAUUGCGAAACUCUACGGAACGAGGGGAAGCUAUAACAGUUCGCGUAAGGGAUACCUGUCGCCAGAUUUUCUUAGCGAGAGCUCCAGCUACCGGUCCGCGUCUCCCUGCGUCGACAGCGACGGCGAGCCAGACGUGGACGUCGAGACGAAUAAUAAGUCACCGGAGGACGAAGACUCGCGGGGGGCGUCCUCCCUGUGUCUGCGCGCCCUGCCCGGCCAGAGCCUGGCGCACGGCCUGGCGCACGGCCUCCUGACGAGCGACGCGGAGCCCAAAGCGGCCCCCCGCGGGGACACCCAGAGGAUGAGUGGACACGUUGCGCAGUCGUCGGAGAAAGAUGUCCAGAGCAAACCGUUACCAGAGAACCACGUAGCCACAUCUUACGCCGAGGUUUAUACUCCUGAGAGGGAGGAGGUAGGCCUACAAGGAAACAGCCCGUAUCACUUCAGACCUGCCAGCUAUCAGAGAGGACUUCUCACAUCAAACGACGAAGGCUCCAGUAAAGAAGAGCCAUCUUCCACCGUGGAGGAGGUGGAAUCCAAGUCCUUCAGUGAACCAACCAGCGAGGAAUCAGACGAGGGGAAAGAGGCCACCGCCAGGGCUCCCUCCGCACAGAAGGACCAGGAAACACAGGCAAAAGAAGAACUUCAGAAACAACUUAUGGAGCAAGUUGAGCUGAGGAAGAAGCUUGAGCGGGAGUUUCAACAUCUUAAAGAUAAUUUCCAAGAUCAGAUGAAAAGGGAGCUAUCCUACAGAGAGGAGAUGGUGCAACAGCUGCAUAUCGUCAGAGAAGCUCACGACGCAUUACAUCAUUUCUCCUGCAAGAUGUUAACUCCACGUCACUGCGCGGGUACAUGUUCCUUCAAAUCACCCCUGUUGCCCCCGUGA